CUCAUCCCAAUCCCCGCGAUGGACGCCGGCUCCCGUCCGGCGCCGCCGCACCCCACUUCCGGCGCUUGAUCCCACACCCGCCGCCGCCCUCCCCAUCGUCGUCCAGCCACUCGAGUUUGCGGCCAACGUCCCCAAUCGACCGGCGCUUCCCGUCAAGCGCUGCCCGGUCGACGUCCAGCCGCCCCCUCGCCGCCCAGCCACUUUACCGCCGCUUCCAUCCCCAUCGACCGUCGCCCCUCGUCGUUCCAGGGCUAACCCUUCGACGUCCGGCAGCCCCCCUCACCGUCGAGCCACUCCAGCGCCGCCUCGCUCCCCAUCGACCGGCGCAGGGCCUCCAUCGUCUGCCGGAUCUGCCUCACGGCCUCGUCCUCCUGUUUCCUCCCGGUCCAGCGCCUCCAAACAACCCAAAAAAGGUCCUACUGAAGAUCGAUGGAGACGCUGCCGGACGACGUCGUCGUGGAGAUCCUGGUCCGCGUGACGGAGGUCGCAGCCCUAUUCCGCUGCACCGCAACAUGCAGGCGAUGGCGCCUCCUCAUAGCGGACCCGUCUUUCCUCCGCCGCCGCUGGCCGGAGGGCGUGAGCCUCCAGUCCUCCCUGCUCGGCUUCUUCGCCUUGCAACAGCCCCGUGAGGAACCAACAGAAGGGAGCUCUACGACGCCCAUGCCGCUCUUCACCCCGGUGCCAUGCUCCCCCCACCGCUUCCUCGCCAUCCCUGAUCAGCCUCGAGGCAGCCAGCCAGUGGUGCUUGCCUCGCGCGGUGGCCUUCUUGUUGUGCGCUUCGUGCCACUCGACGCCAUCAGCAUGUUCGAGAAAAUCAUGAUCCUGGCUGUGUGCGAUCCAAUCGCCGGCACAAGCCGUCGGCUGCCUCCGUUGAAGUGCAGUAGGUCUUUCCGAAUAGAAGGAUGCACCCUUCUAACCGGUGCGGAUUGUCGCCCGACCAAACGGCGAGGGGUGUCGCCGUCGGUCUACUCGUCCUUCAAAGUGUUAAUCAUCAGUUACGACGGACGGUACAAUCUCCAUGUGUUUGCGUCCAAUGAGUUGGGCUGGAGGACGUCUAGAAACUGGUUUGAACCUGUUGAGUAUGCCGGACGUGUGGUGCCCCAGCAGAUCAACAUCGUCGUGUGCCGAGGCAUGGCACACUGGCUCUUCAAGUACUCGUCAAACUUCUACACACUCAACGUGUGCGCUAAGACCACGCGGAUGUCUAUAACAGAGCUCCCUGUCACACGGAACCAGCUCGGCUUCAAGUUUUCAAGUGCACUGCUUAAUGUCACCAACGAUGGAAGGCUAUCGCUGCUUGGUUUAUACAGGGACUGCAGCUGGCUGGAGAUGUGGACACAUGAAGGUGACAACAAGAGUGUAGAUGGCAUGGCAGACUGCUGGCACCAAACCAAGAUGAUUGAGCUAAUACAACCCAAGCAGAGUACGGUCGACCUGGUGCAAUGCGUGUGCGUGAGCGAGAUGAGCGGUAAACUGCUCGUAAAGGACAAUCAAGAUUGCAUGUACAUUGUAGAUCUCCAAACUGGGGCGAUGGAGACUGUCACUGACUGGUUUUGCGGCAUUGUCACGAUGGCUGUCCCAUUUGAGAUGGAUUGGCCGACCUUCUUCAUGUCUCGCUUGGCGGGUGGUAGGAUCAAGCGGAAUAAACUGAGAGGAGCUAUAUCGAAAAUUGCUUCCACUUUUUGCAAACCAAUAGUUGUGGCAAUUAUCUUUGGGUUAAUUGUUAUGAGUUGGGAUCAUGAAGAGCUACAGGAAUCUUAAGAUCUGGUUGUGGCAGACUUAAUGAAGAUGCAAGUUAAUUUGUCAUGUGUACCUGCGCAUUGGCUACGAGAUUGAUCAUGGUGCAGCGUGAAGGCAAGGGACAGAUGUUGCAAGGGUUGCCCUGCUAAAUCAGACCAAUAGGAUACAACUGCGCAGAAUAAUUUGGUCUAGUGGUGUAGAAUAUGGCCUCUGUUUUAUUCUCAGUUUUAACAUGUGCCUGUUUAGACUUGGUGUGCUACUGCUAGCUGAACCUUUGAUGUUCUGUUGAACAAAUAGUAAUGAGGUGCUGAGAACCAACAUUGGACUCAAUGGAGCUAUUUUACAAAUAUUAUCCCAUGGAUUUAUUGGUGUAGUCGUUUGUAUUA